CUCCGAGAAAAUAUGGGUUGUGUUUCAAGUAGUAGUAUCUCGGAGGAGCCACCAGCAAGAACAGUCACGGGUUCCGCCCCGCUGGACGGGAGGACGUUUGCGGACAUCAUCAUAAGGUUCAUGACGGAGAACCGCGAGGGGCCGUCGUUAGAGCAAGGAGAGCUUCUGGAGUACAUCAGGAACCAAGGCACAUCGGCGGACGAGGGAGACGGGAUGUGCAACAAAACCCCGAUCCAGUUCGCGUCUCAGCACCGGUUGAUCGUUUGGCUCAUGUUCAUCAUUCGUCGCUUGAACGUGUUUCGGCCGGAGUUCCUCGGCGAUGCACUCAGGGACAUGAACGCCGUGGACCCGAGGCUUCGCCGGACGCUGAAGGGUGAUGACCUCGUCAAGUACGACGCUGUUGUGAAGCUCUUGACUGUUCCAGCUACCGCCGUUUUUCUCGAAGGGCACUACCGGGGUCAGACGAAGGAGACCGAAGAAGCGCUGACGGCGGCCUUCAAAGCGCUGAAGUACACGGCUCCCGAGGCGAGAGAGAUUCCUAACGAGCCGCCGGCGCUCGCUGCGUGGAUGAUGGCAAGCACCACUGCCAAAUUAGCUAUCGAAGCGUACACCGGGGGUCUCUGGGGUCUAUUCACGUCUUGUCUGAAGCUUGCGGAGAUCGUGAAGAGAUGGAGUGCCAGAGAUCGGGAACGCCUUGCUUGGAGAGCGUUUGCCGAGGCUCAUCGUGGAAUGAUCGAGUCUGCACGAACUCUGGCGAGAGCGAACGCCAUGGCGGAUGAUCCGGGCAUCGCGCUGAGUCCCAUCUUGAGCAAGUCGAUCAAGAACAGCCUCAAGGCGUGGACCGGCUCUGUCCAAGACCUGGUGGAACGCUUGUGCAAGGAAGUCGAGGCGGCUAUUGCAAAUCCCAGCACGACACGCGACGAGCUGAAGAUGCUUAUGGCAAAAUCUACCGUCGAGGUCCUGGAAAAGAGGGCGCUAAUGAACGUUGAGCUUGAAAAAACAAGGCGAGAUUGCGACAACACGAGGCGAAUCUACUCUCUCCAGACAACCGUGGAAAAUCUGAAGCCAAUGGUGGAUCGUUUCCUGCAGCUGGACGAAGACUUGAAAGAAUCGCUGCAAAUUCUGAAACACGGCAGGGAGGUUGCCCAAAGGGAAAUCGAUGAGGCACUUGAUAGAGUGCUGAAGACGUACCUCUUCGACCGAGGGCACGGCAAUGGGACCUACGCCGCUCUUGCGCCGGAUCUUGCCGCUGCUCAACUGAACAUCGCUGGUGCUCCAUUGGGUGCCGGAAAUGCUGAUGCACCCGUUCCCGCCGCCGCUUCGCCCUCUCCUACCGCUGGAGUAUCCUCUGCAGUCGCUGCCACACCUGAAUCCCCCGUUGUUGCACCUGCUCCCGACGCGACUGAACCUGCUCCCGCCGCUGCUUCACCUGAUUUCGCAACUGAUUCGCUUCGUACCGGGAUUGCUGCACCCGGAGCUGGCGGAUCUUAGCCCGCAUUCAGCGUAACCCCUCCGGGUACUUUUGAGACUGAUCCAGGCAGAGGCGGAGCUGCACACGGUACAGGCAAGCCCCCCACCCUGAACGGGAGAUGCUGCCACCGGUACCGGCGGUGCUGCAUCUCCCGUGAAAUAUGCAGUAGUGUUGGAUAUCGUAUCGUUUAUCGAAAAAAGUUGGUUGUUUCGAUAUUUCGAUGAUUCGAUCCGAUAAUUCGAACAAUACUCCACCGAACCCCCACAGCAGCAGCACACAGCAGCGCACAGCCGCAGAGCUACAGUGCACAGCUCAACAGACACAUUCGUGUUCCUGAAUGGCUCCCACAGGCUGUCGUGGUCCAGCGGCAUUUCGCAGAAAGACCUCGGCCGGAAGCAGAAACGACCUGUCGUCGCGUGUCGUAGAGAUGUUGCGUAUUGGUGUGUUGAUUCUAUGCCAACGAAUGAUUUGUUGGGCGUCCGGUGGCUGGCUUGCUUCCACAUUUUUCGUAUUUCUUCGUGGGUCGUGGUUUGGUAGUAUUGAACGCGGUGAAGGAGGUCACUGAAUAGAGGUCGCGAAAUGUGUAUGUUUAUUUAGCCAAUAGCGGGAAGCAAAGCAGCGGUAGGUCACAGAAUGUGGCGUCCUGCAGCAGCGGAGGUAGCGGUGCUGCUGUAGCUCGUAGACUUUGUAGUCUACCACAGAGGUUACACUGCUGUCACCGCUCUAUCACAGAGGUUGGUCUACACUGCUGUGAGAUCGGUAGGCCCGAGCGAGCUCUGGAAAGAGAAAUGUAGAUAGAUUUUCUUAUCAACUGACUCCCUGGUCAGGCUUUGAUGGGUGCUAGAUGAGAGUGAGCACAAGGGGCGAAGGCGCGCUUGUGUCUCAUCUCAACAACAAAA